GUCCUUAUUUGCUGAAGAAGACUAGAGAAGAACUGACCAUCCCGCCAAGUUUGCCGGCGCCGUGCUGACGCUUAUUAUCGUCGGCGAGCUCAACUUCUGGAGCCCACCGCUGUUCUACCAAAUUGAGCCUAUUGGAAACAUAGGCCAAUGGUCCAGCAUAGUAGCUUCCGUGUUCGCUGCGAUUGGUUCCCUGUACAUGUUGUUGGCAAAAUUCCUUGAGAAAGCUGAGAAAGAGGGAUCGAUCGAAGAGCCUCUGAGCCACUGCCAUUGCCACUGCAUCUACCAUACGCACGGCAGCAGCAGCCCCAACUCGCUCAACGACAACCCAGAAAACGCACAACCACCACACCCUUCGCCAGCCGGGAUGGGUAACGCCGACACGCGAAUCGUGAGGCACGACACAGAACCUGUGCAUGUGCUCUCGCCGACCCGCACCGAAACAUUCCCGGACAACGAAGACGGAGCGCAUGGGCUCGGUAUCCACCCAAUCGAUUCCAACACCUCCGCCGGAACGAACAAGCGCGGAUUCGCAGAGAAACUAAUCCGAGUGGCGACUGCCCUCGAAAGGGUUUCACCAGACCGGUUUGACGAUCAUUUAGCCUUCAAACAGGGCAAAGCGACCGGGUUUCCCGAGAUUCCCGGGGAACCUGCUCGGAACAGAAAUCUAGCCCAGAUAAGGCGACAAUGGGGAGAACCCACUGUCGACCCCGAAGACAGCCUGGCUGCCCCCCGAGGCCGGCGUUCAAGAGCAAGCAGCUUCAGUGGUAGCGUAUCUAGAUCCAACUCUGUCGACCCUCGAGCACACUCUCCCAAACCACCGCCGAGAACACCGACGAGUGGGCCUGAGUCGUCGAUGCUCGGGCUACCGACCACCCACAGUCCUGAGGGCACCUCCGAGUCCGUCUUUCCGGCGCGGCCGUCUGUUGAACUUGAGAAGACAAAGUCUCAUGGUACAGUCGUUACCCUCCAUGAGGGGCCAAACUCGCCAGCGAUCGUUCUCUCGUCGGACGACCAGGAGAAUGAAGCCCAACCACCGACGACAGUCUCUUCGGUCAUUGAGUCAACACAGGCAUCAGAGCAAAUGGAGGACUCAAGGCCGGAAGGACGGCUAGCGGUUCCGGCUGGUGAAGGGUCGGCACAGCGUAUUACAGCAGCAGAGUACCAAGUGCCGCCGCGAGCAACCACGAGGUUAUCCCCAUUGGAUCGGCAACCGGCAUCCCAUAUUAUCGAACAAGCAGGGAGACCAGGCGGAAGCCCAAGUAAUCAAAUAAGCGACGCCGCCAAACAUGAUACGCCACCAACGCAAGUGGCCUCCCCCCCGACCACGAGUUCGCCUGCUACUGAGCAGCAGCUGUCAUCGAGUCGUACCAAAGAGAAGAGGCAGAUUGAAGCGCCAAGCAUUGAGACGGAUGACGCGACUCUAAAGAAUAGGGCACUGCAAGCGCCACAGCCGGCAGCCGCGAGCUUGCCUCCAGUAGAGCAGCGGCCGCCACUAGACCAUGUCGAAGUCGAACGAGUGAGGCAUGCAGAGGAACCAAGCGUUCGGACAGGUUAUGCCAGUCAACAGGAUACGGCACCGCAGCAAUCGACCCCGCCCACACCCGCCACUUCAGGUCUUGUUGUGAGGCGGCCGCCAUUGCAUCGCAUUGAGGAUUCGGUGUCAGAUGGGAGGAAAGAAUCUCCCGCAAGCGAGUCCGCCCAGCAACAUGCGACGCAGAAACGAGCGCCUCAGCCGGCUGAUGGCCGGCCCACAGAGAAGGCGCCACUUCCAUCAUCAGGGGACCUGAAAAGGAACCAGGAAUGAGGCAGAAGGCGACCAUGUCCGGCAACCUGUUUUGAUGAGAUCUUGUAAUGAGAAAUGACUUAUGAAAUGAUGUAACGGACACGGCAAGGGUUCAUUUAAUUAGUCGAGAAAUGGCAAUGGCGUUGGCGUUCUCAGAGGGUUAGGGGCCGAGGCUCACGUCAAGUCAGUACACUUGUUGUAUCAACUUAGCGAAGUGUUUAAUUAGAUGGUGAUAACAGGCGGUACUAUGUAGAUUGGGCGCGAGACACAGUACAGGAGACAAGAGGUGAAAACUAGGUACUGUACAUGGGAAAUCUGCUACGCAUACCAGAU